AUGUCUGUCUAUGUCCUGCACGUCGAAGCCAAAUCCGUCAACCAAGACGAUCCAAGGUCAAUCCAGCAAGUUCAAUCGGCCGAACAAUAUCUGAUGCAGUUUGCAGCAUUGGCCAGCGCGCAACUCGAGGGCUUUCAGACCGAGUACCCAAACCCUCAUGACACUUCCGCAUUGCGUGAGCGCAACAUGGAAUUCUCCAUCCCUGAUGAUCUGAAUCUUGACAUUAAGCGCAUGGCUAAGGACGCCCUUGAAAGGCUUGGUGAGUUUGCGACCUUUACUAUUAAAGACAAGGUUUCCGGCGAGAAGAAAAAUCCGUUUGCUUAA